GGAUGGUCGCUACGUGGAUAUUGCCUCAGGUGGACAAGCCUUCGGCGCUUUUCUCUUCGUUGCGGCGCCGAAUGGAGGAAACACUCGCGGAUUCGCCGAGUCUGGCUCUAUGACGCGCACUCUGAGCCGUCUCGCGCAAGCGAAUUUCAGCUUCUUUCAGGCUGGGGUGCAUGCAGCCAUUUCGGGUGCCAUCGACGCUGCCAUUCGAGAGCAGGUGGAGCGGGGCAAGCCUUUGCGCGUGCUUUUGUUCAACAAGCUGGGUGGAGGCUUCUACUGGCCGCGCGAAGUGCCAAAUUCCUACGACUCACCUUUGAAGAACGGUGGUCCGACCCCUCAGUUCUACCAAAAUCUCAUUAUGUUCUUGGAGCGGUACUUUUUAAACGUUGAUGAUUGAACAUCAUGAUGACGUUCAUUUUCAAAAUAACCCCCGCAGUACGUUAGAAUCAGAACUAGUUGCACUCGGUAGCGUUCAUCAUGAUCAUGUUCAUCCGAAACUAGAAAUCAUUAUGUAUGAUUUGAUCAUUCCUCUAGGUGUUUUCCUUUUCGUUUUCCUUUAUGUUUAUCAUACAUAUGUUUUCCUUUUCCCUUAUCAUUAUUUCGUGAUAUUUUCUAAAAUCCUUGAGCAAGUCCUUCGGGAACCGGUG